GCUAUAGAGAAACCUUACAUCUACAAACACGUGUACGCAAACAUGUGCUCACAUGGUGCUCUCAUAAGUAUGGACUUGGGCAUUUUCAACAUGUCUUAAGGCUGUGGUUGGCACUAAAUGCACUGUCUAGAAGCAGACUCUUGUUCUUCUUCUGGCUCUUUGAGAGUACAGAUGCUUUUUUCCUCUUCUCCUCUCUAUCUUUCCCAAGGUUAUUUGUCUGUCUUUGGGUGUACGGCGCUUCUGCAUUUUUUCUGGAAACUGGAAAUUAUUAAAAUGGACCUGGUCAGUUGGUCUCUUAAUGCGAUUGACAAAAUUUUUUCAACAAUGAGAAUGGGAGAAGGGGCUCCCGGUUGCCCCUCUGGGACAGAGCCAGCUGGGCAUUUCAUGGACUCCUGGAAACAGUGGAACCUGAUCUGCCUCUCUCAACUGUAUGUAGAGGAUUCUGAAGAUGUCUGGAUAUUCGUGGUGUUGGUGUCAGGUUUCCUGCUUUUUGGCCUGAGUGGCUACCUGGUUUACCGGAAAAUUUAUGAGCUGUCGAGGAAUAUUGGCUACAUCCCGGAGCUCAGGGAUGGAUUACACCGCGCUGUGAACGCACAAACUCAUAUAAUUGUCGAGAUGAGUCGUAAGCUUGGAACUUUGGCUGAGAUUCAGACUCUGGCACAGAAGGUUGAUUCGAUCACGGAGCGAGUUGACGGGACAGCACGGAUUGGGAUAGAUUAAUUACGCCAUUAUUGGAUUCAGAGGGGUUGAGGACCAACGGAACUUUAAGACGGAGAGGAAAUUAUCUCUGUCUGACCCCAAAACAGUUUUUAUCUGAAUCUGGUGCCCUUGAGCCUGUGAGGCUGAAGUGAAUACUCCCCCUCAGAAGAAAUGUAGAAUGCUGCCGUAGCCAUGGCAACUCUGUCUCCCUAUCCCAGCCUUAGCAGGACUGAGACCGGUGAAGGCCGUUGAAUCGUUCCUGGAGUCACUGCGCUAUCUAAACCCAACGACCUCCCCCCUGUCCAAAGCGCUGCUUAUCACGGCUGCAUGCACUGAUAUGUGGAGAGUCCCAACCCUACCUCCCCACUUAGUGGACACUUAUGUUGUGCAAUGUCCGAAGUCUGUGUGCAUUUCUGUCUGAGGUGUUUUUUGCAUAGCAAAGCUGUCCUCCCUGUGGAGGGUAUCUCUGAAGUGCCUUUUUUUUCCUCCACCUGACUGAAUCCUCAUAUGAACCCUCUGAUAUCUAUUAAGGUAGCGCAACCCGGGUUGCGAAUGACCACAGUCACCAAUUCUUGUCAUGUGCCUAUGUAUGUAUGUCUGAUCUCAGAAGUGUGUGUACUAAAACUCUAAUUUCCCUCUGGGAU